GCAAACUUUUUCAAACUUGAUCACUGUUUACUGACAAGAUAAAUCGGACAUCAAUUAAGAAUGAUUGUGAUGUGCACAACGGAUUAGCCUGCCUUAUCUUCAAUCCUUUCGAACUGAUUAAAUAAGCAUCUAAAUUAGACAUUAUUUGACGAGUUAUUGCACUUCUCCACAAUCCUUCCAUCUCCACUAAGAAGUACAUUCCUCGAACAAAGUAACACGGCCUUCCGCGCUAUCUCUUCCGAGCAUCAAUUUCCAGUAAUGUUUGCGAAACCUAAACCGGCAGGUUGGCUCUCAACUUCCUAAACCCAGAGCAAGACCGCCCCUUGUCGCCUCAACUCGAAAUUUGAUUGGGCGGUGAAGCAACUUUGUCGCCAGGGCCGCUUUCCAAAGUUUCAAGUAAAUCCACGGGGAGAGAGAGCGAGCUCCCGGCCAACGGCGUGAGAUACACAGUACAGUUGUAUAUACUCAUACAUGUGGAAAGAAAUACACGAGGGGCCAGAAAAAGCCGAGUUUCAGGUGCUCGCUUGAAACAUGAGAAGCUUGUUCAGGUGUCAAUCGAGUCCGAUUGACUUCACUUCGGAUCUGGGGAUGACCCAGAGACUCAAUUUUGUACCCGAAACAAUGUCAGAUCUCACAGUGACCGAUGGAAAUCAAAGUGAGGAUAGGAGAGUGAGUUUAUUGCCAAGUCUAAACAGUAUGAACAGUGUGACCAGUUUGCGUAAUGGGAGACCAAGUGAGCGUUCUCGGUUGAACUUUGGGAUUGAUGCCUUGUUGAGCAAACGAACCCAUUCAUUUGAAGAGUCUGUCGCAGAGCCACUGUGCAAAUCUGAGCCAUUAUCUUUGGUGACAAAAUUGACCAAUGUGUCUCCAGUUCCAACGUCAAUCCCCACUAGCAUGCCUCAUUCAACAAUGCCAUUGCGACCUCUACCUCAUCCACCAUCAUUCUCAGGGAUGCUUACUCAAUCCAUCUUAUCAGGGCUGUACUCAGUUCCACAUUCCUUCGCCACAUCCUCUUUGAUCUCCAGUCAUCCUGUUCAUCAUCCUCGCUUUGGUCCGGAUCUCUUUCCGGCCUUUCAUCGUCACCCUUACGCCAUGUUGCAUCCUCAUCUUACAGGGGUGGGAAAGAGGAAGAAAUCAUGGACACGGGCAGUGUUCUCGAACCUUCAACGCAAAGGCCUCGAGAAAAGGUUUCAAAUGCAGAAAUAUAUCACCAAACCGGACCGAAGGCAACUAGCGGCUAGCCUUGGUCUCACAGACGCUCAGGUGAAAGUUUGGUUCCAAAACCGCCGUAUGAAGUGGCGGCACCAGGAGUCCAAAGAACGCAGGGAACAGGAACGACAAGCUCAUGCCAAUGCCGCCUCAUCGUCAUCCAAUCCCCCAGGAGCGUUAUCAAGCCCGACCUUGAGAGCUUCACCAACCAUUGGCGCUGAAUCCUCGACAGAUCUACGCCCGACGUCUGAGUACUUCUCCAACACUCACUUGUCCUCGGGUGACUCCUCCGAUGACGAUGAUGACUUCAUGGUUGAGAAACAGCCUGCGGUUGUUCAAUCCACAACUCCUCAUGCUCUUUUAGCGUCAAGUUUGAAUCGCGGACCAAUUAUGACCAUGAUGAAGGCCGAUUCGACCGUCAAACGCGGCCGAAGUCCCGAUUUGGAUAUCAAAGUGGAUUAGUUCGUGUGAAGCAAUAUUAGCUAUUUAUUAUCCUCUCGUUGGUUUGGUUGAAUAAAUUUUAAUAUUCUAAACUGA